CAAUGUAGGUGAUCAUCCCUGCCUUGGACCUUAGUCCUCACCUCUACUAAUUUUGCAUGGUCUUUUCAUCUCAUUUUAUUUUCCUUCUCUUCUCCAUCCCUUCUUCUGUCCACUUAUCAUGAUUAAUAACUCAUUUUUACCCCUUUUUGCCACAUUACUUUGUCAUAAUGUUAUAUGACCUUUCAUGUCUGUUUUGAUCACUGACCAUUCUGGAAAUCUAUAGAUUUCGUAUUGUGAACCAAAAAACUUCUUACCUGGGUUGUUUUAUCUCCCAAACCCUACCCUAUUGCUAUAUUUCAAUUACACUUUACAUCUAUGGCAUUUUUGUUGCAAGUUGAUGUUAAGCCAUUCGCGCCGGGUAAAAAUGAACAAAAAAUGGGGAAAAUGCGGUGCUUAUUUUUUAUAUUUUUUAAUGAAAUUUCUCUACACUAGAUGGCUCUGCCUUACCUGAUUUAACCUUUACUUGAAUUGGCGGGAAAAUGUAUUUUUACUAGUGUUACGAAUAUCGAUGGUUAUUUUUAUUAUAAACAUUAUAAUUACUAUAAUGUUUUAAACUUUAGUAACAGCAAAAUAAGAUAAUGCAAAAUAAUUUCAUAAAUUAAAGAAAAGGGUAAACAGGCGAGGCAGGCAGUUCAAGUACAAGUGUAGCCAUCUAUGUGUGAAAACAAUUAAACAAGUAAAUUCACAGUGAGCCUGUCACGUAUGCGUGACGCCCGGCGCGAAUGGGUUAAGAAAGUUGGGCAACACAUAAUACUUAGGUAUACACUUACAGGAAAAUGUAAUGACAUUAUCAUAAAUAAAGUAAAAAGACAACACUAACUGAUAUGAAAUAAUGUGUAGGCAAAAAAUAACGUCAGAAUUUAAGUAGGUCGUGACAAAUGACAAAUGUGGCAUGUACAUACAUGUCAUGCCCGUUGUGAGUUUACUUCCUUAAUUGUUUUUACGCAUAGAUGGCUACACUUGUACUAAGUCACCAAUGAUCCAGUUACGAGGACCGCCUGUCUCGCCGGUUCACCUUUUUCAUCAAUUUACAAAAAUAUUUAACAUUAUCUUAUUUUGCUGUUACAAGUGUUUAUAACAUUAUAGUAAUUAUAAUGUUUAUAAUAAAAAUAACACUGUCUAUAUUUAUAGCACUAGUAAAAUAUGUUUUUUGCACCUAUUCAAGGAAAGGUGAAAUCCUUUAUGACUAAGCACUAGCAGAGCCAUCUAUGUGCAAAGACAUUUCACAAAAAUAUAGAAAAUGAGCACAACAUUUUCCCCAUUUUUUAUACAAUUUCCCCCGGCGGCAAUGGGUUAAUCACUCCAAAAAUACUUUACAAAAAUCAUGUGCAGACACACCGAGCCUUGGCAUUCUUGUAACAGAUUGAAGGCUGUAAAUUCCUCUGAAUUGACAUGUGAAAAUUCUUCCUGUGAUUCAGUUUUUCUUUUAGGGGCCUGCGCGCUUUCCAGGAAUAAGAACUGCAAUGUGACACUUCAGGAAUAUAAUGCUCUACAAGAAAGAGGAGCCUUUAUGUCUCCAUGGGACUUCAUGACAUCCACAGUAACUGGCAGAGUAUCUUAGCCGACAGAACAACUGUUGCUGAAAGAAGAUUCUGCACUGGUUGAAUAUCAGGCCAUCUUCAAGAAUGGAUUCUGCAAAUACUGAAGUAAAACUGGAGGUCAAAGAAGAACCAGAAUAUGUAUACGUGGAUGAAACAAUUUGUUUGGUGAAACUAGAAGAAAAGGAAUGUAAUAGAACUGCACUCAAGCAAGAAGGAGAAAGAAUUGUGGCAGAUGUUGGACUGUGUGAUGAUCCCCAGAAGUCAUUGCGUGGCUCAGGUCAGCGAAAACAAAUCUUCAAAGUGCAGAAGUCUGAUCAGCCCCUUGUGGGAACUAAGAGAAAGAUCCUACCAAGGCCACAAAUACAGAUUCAGAAUUUGAAUUUUAGUGCAAAUCCUCUCCCUGUCACACAAGUACAGGUUGUUGCUCAGCAUCAAGCACAAAAAGCAGAACCAAAGAAGCAACACAGUUUGACUGUCAAAAAUAUGUCACCAUUGAAAUCGCAGUCAAGCAAUUCCAGAGGGCGAAAAAUAUUACCACGACCACUUUUCCCAAAAAAUAUAGGACAGUUGCAACCUAACAAGACAAAUAUUCAACAUUCAAUUUCACUGAAUAAGCCACAGCCUAUUGCUUCAGGUAACACUUGCAAUGUAUUAGCUGUGAAUCCCACUACUGUAAAUGUUUCUCGAACAUUACCCAUACAGAGUGCUGCCCAUGUGCCAACUCAAGUGAAGAGUCAGGCAGCAGUACCAGAAUUCACUUCCACUUGUGCUUCAAAUGUGCAGACAGUACUUCCUGGGAAGCCAACCAAAAAUGGAUGCAUGCAUCUGAAAAAGGCUCUUGCACCUGGAAGAAAACUGUUGCCACGACCUCAGCAGACCACCUGUAAUCAAGGGGCAUAUAUUCCUUCACAGCAGAUACAGUCAGUGUCUGCUCUUCAGCAAGUACAGUCUAUUAAUCCUGUUUCAACAUCACAGAAUGUUCCAAAUCAGCAGUUUCAGAACAUAAAUUCAGCCAACAUUCACCAAAGUCCAACAUCAAUUCAGUCUCUUCAGGGCAUUCCACCCGUCAGUGUUCAGCAAGCUCUUCCAGUUCAGCAGUUACAAAACAUUCCAACUGUAAGUUCACAGCAGGCUUUGCCUUUGCAGCAGCUACCAAAUGUAACAUUUGAAAAUUCAACCCAGUCUGUUCCAAUACAACAGUUACAGAGCAUUCCAGCUGUAAGUAUGCAUCAGUCUUUGCCCCUGCAGUCUCUCCAGGAAGUUGUGACAACUAAUUCACUUCAACCAUUACAAGCCUUGCCUUCAGCAAGUGCUCAUCAUGCUGUGCCACUUCAGCCUCUACCAAACAUCUCAAAUUUAAUGCCAUCACUUCCAAAACUUGCACCUGCAAACAUGCAAACAUCUAUAUCAGUUAAGCCUGUUCCCACUGCAGCUGUACAGCAGCAACUAUCUGUACAGUCUCUUCAGGCCAUUAGUCCUGGAAGUGCAGGACAAGAUCUGCCAGUACAGCAGGUGCGUAGCAUACAUCCUUCUACACGAUCGGCUGUGCCUCAUCAGGAGUUGAGGAAUAUCACAACAAUCACUACACAAGCAGUGCCUGUUCAGGGGCAGUGUAUUCUUUCUGCUUCAAAGCAGCACAAAAUUCCAAUACAAACAGUACAUCCUGUCAGUACAAUUAACACAUGCUCUUCACUUCCUGUACAACUCCAAUCUAGUCAGCAGCAGCUGCCCCUUCAACAAAUUCAGCUGAAUCCAAAUGCAGUUCCCCAACAAUCAGUACCUAUCCAACAGCUUUCUUCAAAUGUCCACAACAGUGGGAAGAGGAAUUUGAACUUCCAGCAAAUUCAGUCUGUGACACAGUCGAAACAAACCAAACUUUCACUACAGCCAGUUUGUCCUGUGACAUCAUCAGGAACUCAUCAUCUUCUUCAGCUGCAUCAUGUUCAAAGUGUUACCCCAGAUGCCAGUCAUCAAGGCAUUCCCAUUCAGCAAAUUAAGACUGUCAGUACCUCUGUGUCAAACAAGUUGAUGUCUUCUCAGAAGUUUCAGCCUGUUGCCCCCAAACUCAUGCCUGAAGAAACUGCAACUAAUAUAUCAUCUACUCAGGGUCUCUCACUUCAAAUGAAAUCAGUGGCUCAGGUUGGUUCAAAUUUGAAGUUGCCAUUACCAGCAAUCAGCAAAGGAAUACCAAAUCCAACAUCUCAUCAGGUGGUUCAUAAAAAAAGAUGUCUCACUAGAAGAAGCAAAGCUGUCUGCUGUACAAAGCCAAAACGAAAAAUUCUACCUCGUCCUAUUUUGCCAACAGCAAAUGAUAGUACACCAUUACAUCAAGCAUCAGCACUGGUCCCUACUAAGAUAAUGACUCAGGAAAUUAUGAAGUCUGCUGCUAUUGAAAAAAGCGUAACUGUUUUUGUGCCUCAUGUAGGCUCAGCAACUUCUAAUAUGACACAGGAGUGUAUUCCAGUACCUCAAGCUACCACAAUUGAUUCACCAAAGAAACUUUCUCCCUCACAGCAGGAACAUGCUGCCUUCAGUUAUGACAACUGUUUAUCAUUACCUGAACAGCAGAAACUUCUUGUAAAAUGCAGUGUUGAGAAUGCUGCUCCAUGUCACUUAUUAAAAUCAGAUGGCUCAUCACAUAUUGCUCUCUCUUUUGAAACAAACGGAAAAGCUAACUUUGACUUUUUAGAAUCGUUGGAACAAAAUCAAGAAGUUUACAGAAAGAUUAACAGCAAUGCUUUACCUACAAAAGUAAGUUCUGAUUUAGUAAACACUUGUCCAAACCUGGUUGGAAGUGCUAGGUCUCAGACUACUCAUGUGUAUGGUCUGACUUUUAAAGACUUGUGUGAUGAUUCAAGUAUGGGUACUGAAGAAAUAACAGGCCUUCAGGAAAGUAGCUAUUCAUCAUUAGAGUCAGUAGAUACAUCUGCACAUGAGCAAGAAAAAGUAGCUGCUUCAACAAAAACUCUAGAUAUGAUACAAGAGGGUUGGAAAGAUUCUAAUCUGGAAGAUAAUUCCAUAAGACUGUAUGAGUUACAAUAUUCCAAUAAUGAAAGCAUAAAAGAGACUAUUAUCACUUCCCAUGACAGUGAUCCUGUUGCUGAAAGUAACUUCUUACCAGAAAAAGCUAGUGAUCUGUCCCAGCAGAGCGACGUUAUUUACCAUCAGGAAGAUUCUAUAAGAAUAUCUAAGAAUGAGGAAAUUGCUGAAGAAACACAGCUACUCAAUGUAUCAAAUCUUGCAGGUGUUAGUUCUGUUAAUGACUCAUUGAAGCAAGUAAGUUAUAUGAUGGUGAAUGAUGGUGUUCCAGGUACUCAGUUGUUACAGUAUUCAGAAGAUUCCUCUACCAAGGAUACUAGCAUAAUGGAUGAACCACAAGGCAACAUUAAUGAUUCUUCUGCUAAUGAAUUCCUUAUUCAGUACCAACCAGUGGCCACUUCAUGCACAAGUAGUGAACAGUCGCAUAUAAAUGAAGUACAUGAUAGCAGUAUUAUAUACCAAGAGCCCCAAAUGCAAGAUGCUGUUAGUAACUCACUUUUCCAAGAACCAUCUUCCAACACUAUCUCAGAGGUUAAACAAAGUGCAGUAUUAGUUGCUGAACUUUCCCAAAGAAGCGGUGGUGUAUGCCAGAGGAACGUUUCGGCAGAUGAAGACCAGACGGGCAGCCAGCAGCUCAGCAAGGAACAAGUGGAGCCAUCGGAAAAACACCACCAAACAGAGCAGGAGGGCAGGGCACAGGCGUGGGCAGCAAAAGCCCAAAGAGGCUUUAAAAGGAAAUGGAACAAACUCUCCAACGGCCAUUUUUCUCAGGGAUUAGUUCCUGACUAUUAUAAGAGGAACUUCAGGUCCUUCCGCACAUUGCAGCUGCAGAAGCGAAGAGUGCUAGAAAUGAGCUGUUUGAAGCAGAAGAUCGUGAGUCAGGGAAUCAGAAUCAGAUGCCUAGAGCAGGAACUUCAAGAAGAAAGAAAGAAGAAUGAGCUAUUAAGGAAAAAGUUACUUAAGACGGUCAGCAGCAAAAAGAAAGGAGUGAAAGGAGCAGAUCACUCUCUUGCUGGAGGGAAAUGCCAGCCUCAGGUGCAGGAGUCUGCAGAAGGGGGAACACUAAAAAAAGCGGAAGAAAGUAAGACAGACUUAGAAGAGGAGAGAGAUUCAGGCCAGAAAGGCGAGGGGCCGUCAAGCUCGGCCAGUCAAGAUGGUCUAGCAAAGAUGAUUCACGACUUCAUGGUGCAGGAGGACGUGUCGCAGCCGUGCCGCGAAGGGGCGGGGUCAGGCGAGAAGGGCUUCCUGCGGGCCCGCCUCCACUUCCUCCAGGUGCUCCACAAACGUUUCCUGGCCGACUGCUGCAGGGCGUGCUCUUUUGAAACGUUCGCCAAGAAUAUUCCUGAAACUGUUGUAAAGUUGAAAGCGGACGAAAUGAGUGUAUGUGUGUGCAUGACUUGCCAAAAUCCAGAAUUGAAGAUUGAAAGCUUGAUCAAAAGACGGCUUCUUGCUAUCGAUACAGACGUCGAGGAAAUAAUUUCCAACGAUGAGGCCUGGGACACUUUCAUGGCAACAGUGGGGAUGCUUAGGGCCCGCCAGGCACAGCUGACCUACAACUCUUGGUUCGUGAAUGCCUGUGACAGUGUGCACAAAGACAAAAGAACUGUCACGAGUUCCCUGGCGGAAAUGAUUGACCUGCUAGAGAGCGAGUUGCACGCCCUGAAGGUUCACCUUAACCGCACCUGUCAGACGUAUGAAGAAGUGUUCAAGGCAAAGUGUGAAGCGAAUGCCUCGCCGCAUCAUGCAGUUGUACAAAGCGGCUGGGCGCCGAUGAUUCUGUUCCAUCCCGUCGGCACGGGCGGGCCGGCGGAGCCCCAAGGUGUGGUGAACAUGCAGUGCGGGUUUUUGUGGUCCAAGGAGGAAACCACAGGAUUUGCCGCCAUGUCCGACGCCAGAGAUCGAACAGCGGCCGCCGUGUGCGCGAGUCUCGAGCAAGUCUUGGAGAAAAUGAUCAAGCAAGGGAUAAGGAGCAUUACCUUUAUCACGGACCCACAGACCCACACCUCCUGUGUGCGCGAGUAUACCCGCAGGUGUGAAAUUCAAACCGAGUGGAUCUUCCUCGACCCUGGGCACGGUCGCAGCAACGCAGAAGCUGUCGGGCAUUCUAUCACGAAGCUCCUGUGCGACAGCAUCAACAGCAGUCCAGUGGGAGGGCUUCGCAGCGCCCGGGACAUGUUCGACCUCGUAAGUGUGCGCUCCAGCAGCGUGAUGCACCUGUAUGGCGAAGAGGACGUGCGGCGCCUCAGAGAGCUCUUGGGUGCGGGCGCGAACGUGUUUCAUGAAGACACGCAAGAGAAGUAGCUGCAGUCACUUCGAAGGGAAAUUGAAAAUACUCAGAUUUCAAUCUUUAUGUGUAGGGCAGUACUAACAGAACCAAAGAUAGUCAUAGAUAGCUAUAGAAUGGUACACACCCCAGGUGAUGAAAUGCUGGUAGGAAUUAGCCGGUGAUGCCAUUGGCCCAGCAGAUAACGCCACAGAUAUCAUUACCCGAGGCGGCAGAUGAGAAUGAAAACUCACGCCGGGAAAAUGCGAUAACGAAUCCAUAUUGAUCCUAUACACCCAUUUUGAUUCAGGGAGUCGGUAACCGAAACCCCGUUUUAAUAACUACAAAAUUCAAUUUGCUACAAAAGAUUUUAUUAUAUAUAUGUCGCAUACAAAUAUCAAUUGUAUUGAUUAUUGAUAUUCAUCCUAUCCUUGAGAUAUCACGGAGAGUACAGUGUGUUUACAGGAAAAUAUAACACCCUGUUCCCAUGGUAAGUAAACGCACUCUCUCUCCUCUCUCCUCUCCUCUCCUCUCCUCU